AUGCCUCUCUGGGGACUCCUGCUGGUGCUCUGGGGCUCCUGCACCUUCAGUCUACCUGCAGACACUGCUGCCUUCAGACGGAUCUUCCUCAAGAAGAUGCCCUCGGUCCGGGAAAGCCUGAAGGAGCGAGGCGUGGACAUGGCCCGGCUGGGUGCUGAGUGGAGCCAGCUCAGCAAGACUCUCUCCUUUGGCAACCGCACCUCCCCUGUGGUCCUCACCAACUACCUGGACACCCAGUACUACGGUGAGAUCGGCAUCGGCACCCCGCCGCAGACCUUCAGAGUCAUCUUUGACACGGGCUCCGCCAACCUCUGGGUGCCUUCCACCAAGUGCAGCCCCCUGUACACGGCCUGUGAGAUCCACAGCCUCUACGACUCCCUGGAGUCCUCCAGCUAUGUGGAGAAUGGGACGGAGUUCACCAUCCACUACGGAUCCGGGAAGGUCAAAGGUUUCCUGAGCCAGGACCUGGUGACUGUGGGUGGGAUCACAGUCACACAGACCUUUGGCGAGGUCACGGAGCUGCCCCUGAUGCCCUUCAUGCUGGCCAAAUUUGACGGCGUCCUGGGCAUGGGCUUCCCCGCCCAGGCCGUCGGCGGCGUCACCCCUGUCUUUGACCACAUCCUCGCCCAGCGGGUGCUGACGGAGGACGUCUUCUCCGUCUACUACAGCAGGAAUUCCCACUUGCUAGGGGGCGAGAUCGUGCUGGGAGGCAGUGACCCCCAGUAUUACCAAGAGAAUUUCCACUACGUGAGCAUCAGCAAGCCUGGCUCCUGGCAGAUCAGAAUGAAAGGGGUGUCUGUGCGGUCGACCACCUUGCUCUGUGAGGAGGGCUGCAUGGUCGUAGUGGAUACUGGUGCAUCUUACAUCUCGGGUCCCACCAGCUCCCUGAGACUGCUCAUGGAGGCCUUGGGGGCCAAGGAGAUGAGCACGGAUGAAUAUGUCGUGAACUGUAACCAGAUGCCCACACUCCCCGACAUCUCCUUCCACCUCGGAGGCAAAGCCUACACACUCACCAGCGCGGACUAUGUGUUACAGGACCCCUACAAUAAUGAUGAUCUGUGCACACUGGCCCUGCACGGUAUGGACAUCCCACCACCCACUGGACCAGUCUGGGUCCUGGGUGCCACCUUCAUCCGCAAGUUCUACACGGAGUUUGAUCGGCGUAACAAUCGCAUUGGCUUUGCGCUGGCCCGCUGA